AUGGGAGUUUUCUCUAUGCAGCAUCCUGCCCAUCACCAGCAACAAGGUCCUCAACCUGCUCAGCUGCAGCACUCCAGGCCCUCGAGCGUUGUUCACCAGCAGCAUCACCAGCAGCAGGCUCAACCGCCGCCUCAGCAGCAUCAGAGCGCGUACUCAUCAAGCCACACGCUUGCGCAUCAAUAUCCACCAAACGGGCAAAACUCAGGCGGGCAAGACAACCUGCCUUCGUACUAUAACCACCCAAACUCUUACAACACAGCUAGUGCAAACGGCGGAUAUCCGUCGGCAGACACAAACGAGAUGAUGGCCGCAGCACAGAUGCCGAGGCCUCCAUACCCUCCAAUGUCAUAUCACACUCCGCAAUCAAACUCGCCUGCCUCGGUCGCGUCUCCCUCCCAGCAUGACCAGCACAGGAGCAUCUACGGCCAACCGCCGUCGCAGCACAUGCCUCAAUCAAUGUACUACCAGCCACAGCCUCAGUAUCAGUCGAUGCCCCCGCAGCCGACGGCCUCGCCAUACGCGCAGCAUGCGCAACACCCUCAGCAGCCCAUGACCUCCCAGCCCAACAUGAUGAUGUCUCAUCCCGCGCCUCACAACCCCAUGAGCCACCAGCAGCACGCGCAGCAGGGCAUGACCAACAGCCCUCGCGCCAAGAUCGAGUCUCAAGUUCCACUCCAACUCCACAAGCCCCAGACCUCACCAAUGCCUCCCAUGCACCACGCUCAGAAUGGAGGGCAGCUUCAGAGCCCAGGCAAUCCUGCCGCUGGCGUGAACCCCAACGCUGCGCCUGGUCCGAUUCCCGCGACAACACCCCCCGUUGUUCGGCAAGACGGAAAUGGAGUGCAAUGGAUCGCAUUCGAGUAUUCGCGUGAUAGGGUCAAGAUGGAGUACACGAUCCGGUGCGACGUGGAAUCGGUGAAUACAGAGGAGCUCUCACAGGAGUUCAAACAGGAAAACUGUGUGUACCCACGUGCAUGCUGCCCCAAGGACCAGUACCGUGGAAACCGCUUGGGAUACGAGACGGACUGCAACCGUGUCGGAUGGGCGCUUGCGCACCUCAAUGUUCCCCUCCGGGGAAAGCGAGGUCUUAUUCAGAGGGCUGUUGACAGCUGGCGAAACAGCAACUCAGACCCGCGACUCCGAAGUCGCAGAGUCCGUCGCAUGGCCAAGAUGAACACGCGAAAGCAUGUCCAGGGUACGCCACAUACCUCACCGAUGCCAGCCCCUGGCGCGCAGCCAGGGAUGCCCUCAGGUCCCGCAUCCAUGGGCCCCGGAGGUCCGACCAUGGGCAAGCCUGGGCUAGGCAGCAUGGGUCAACCACUACACCACCAUCAUCCUGGAAGCCACCCCGAUGGAUCACAAGGCGGGGAAGAAGUCGACAACGGACACUAUGAAAGCCACCAUCACCCCGGUGCCGCUCCCACACAUGGCGAUGAUGUGAGACAGGCGCAGGUCUUCACUGGCUACGCUAACCAAGGCUAUCCUACUAACGGCCAUGGAGGCUCCAUGUCUCACAUGGCUCCUCAUUCCAGCAGCAUCAUUCCUGCCAAGCGUCACAGCAGGUCCGGAGCUGAGGACCAUGAUGACCUUUUCCCUGACAUCCCCGAGGCCAAGAAGAGGAAGUUCAUCCUGGUCGAGGAUAACGUCCGUGGAUCAAGGCUUCGUGUGAGAGUCACUCUCGAGGGUGUCGACACCAAUGAGAUCCCCGACAGCUUCCGCAAGGGUGCCAGCGUGUUUCCUCGAAGCUACUUCCCCCGUGAGAUGCAAAGCCCUCCCCCAAGCGCCACAGGCUCCCACUUCUUCCCUAACGAUAUGGAGGAUGACAACACACAAGAGACCGAGGGCAGGGAGGCAAGCCGUCGUGGAAUGAAGAUGGUAAAGGUCCCCGUCGGCGAAGGUCGGGAGGAAGAAGUGUCUGUCCCAAGGACGCGUAGGUCUGCCCGUGGCACAGAGGUCAAGCUUAACGACCUGGGCUUCCGCAUGGCGUGGCUGCAGAGCCGAGUGUUUUCCGGCAGGACCGUCUUCCUCCAGCGAGCACUGGAUUGCUACCGUAAUAAGACCCGUACCGCCAUCGAGGGCGCUCAGGGCGACUCAAAGUCCAUUGCGCCACAUUAUGAGACCCGACGUGGCAAGGCCCGCUGGAACGACCGCAUGAAGCGCGGAGAGAAGAAGGAUGAAUGA